GCUUGGCCAGGGGUUACACGCACAGUUGCGCUGCCCAGUUUGUCCCGCUUUGGGAACGAACUGGCAGCUCCUCCCCUGCCAGUUGGGACACUCUGGUCACCGCUCGGCCGCUGCUCCGUCCUCGCCUGUGACCGGACUUGGAAAUCAGUUGGAGAAAAGAGUCCAGCAGGACCGUCCAAAAGGAGCUGAACGCGCUUGGAGAGCACAGGGAGAGCAGAAGGCAGCUCUGCCCGAGCUCCCAGGGCUCUGACACACAGGAGGAGUUGUUGUGCCCCGUGCAGAUCCUCUGCCCGCGCUGGGGAUGGCAGAGGCCGGGGCCAGCGUCCUCCUCCUCCGCACCUGCCUGGCGCUGCUCGCCUUCCCCGUCUACCUGCUGUCCUUCCUGGGCCUGUGGGAGCCCUUCUGCAGGAAGGUGUUUUUUCCUUUCAUCUUGGACAAGAUCAGCACCGUUCACGACAAGAAGUCCAAGAAGCACAAGCUGGAGCUGUUCCGAAACCUCUCCGACUUCCGGAGCCCCUCGGGGGAGCUGAGGCUGCUGGAGAUCGGCACCGGCGCCGGCGGCAACUUCCAGUUCUACCCGUCGGGCUGCAGAGUCACCUGCAGCGACAUCAACCCCAACUUCCAGGAGAGCCUCACCAAGAACAUGAAGAAGAACCAGCACCUCCACUACGAGCGGUUCCUGGUGGCCGCAGGAGAGGACCUGCACCAGGUGCCCAGCGGCUCCGUGGACGUCGUGGUCUGCACCCUGGUGCUGUGCUCGGUCCAGAGCGUGAGCAGCACCCUGAGGGAAGUGCUGCGGGUGCUCCGGCCGGGAGGAGCCUUCUAUUUCUUGGAGCACGUGGCCGCCGAGCAUUCCAGCUGGAAGUAUUUUUGGCAGCAGGUCUGCUUCCCGACUUGGAAACUCGUCUUUGCUGGAUGCUGCCUCACGAGAGAGCUCUGGAAGAAUCUGGAAGAGGCCAAGUUCUCGGAGCUGAAGGUACAACACAUAAGUCUUGCGCUGCCCUGGACGCCCAUCGAGCCGCACAUCGUGGGGUACGGGGUGAAGUAACCCCUGCCCUGCCCGGCUGCUCCCUGUCCCCCCCGAAAUUCCUCGUCGUGACCAGCACACCCAGCACGGCACAGGCUCCUCAGCACGUCCCUGUCUCGGUGACACGGGGAAGGACUUAAAUCAGGAACUGAAUUAAGUGAGAAGAGAG